AUGGAAACAUUUGGGAAGAUUGGCGCUGACUAUGGAGGUCUUCUCGAGGCAGCAUGUGAUGAUGAAGCUGAAAAAUGUGAAAGGGCAUUUAUCCUUCAAUUGUUAGGCUCUGCCAGCUGCCCCAAUAGUAAAGAGGUUCUUCAACAGAGUGCUGUGGAUUACAUGAACAACUUUGACCUGUCAUCACAUGCUUUUCCUCAACGCGAGCAGUUGCAGCAGCAGUAUUGUGAUAAAGUUCAUACACUACCAUUUAAUUGUUUAUUCAAGAACAGUGCUGUCAAAAAUGUGGUACCAGACCCUGAUGUACCCCGUGGUUGUGAUGAAAAUUCCCCAGAGUUUGACAUGCAGCCUGGAGUUAAACCUAAAAUCGGAUCUGGCAACAGAGAUGAGACACUAAUUGGAUCAUUACAAAACUUAUCGCUGGAAGGAUUAGGUCCUCGGUGGAUUAGGCCAUGUCCACCAAGGCUCCCAAUACAGGAUGGAGAGCUAGUUUGGCUGAACCCUGACAACAAUCAUGAGCUUUUAUGGGAUUAUGGGAUGUGUGCUGAUACUAGCAAAGGGGCAGCUGUUAGGGAUCUAAUUGCAAAAGCUUUGAAGGGGCCACUUGCUCCUGCACAACAAGAAGUUCUCUCUCUCUCUUUCCCCCCCUCUCCCCUCCAUUGUGCACUAAUAUCUGCCAAGGCAUAAAUAUAAUCGGCCAUAUUUUAUCUUGCCUCAAUGAUCUGAUUAUAAUUACACAAAAGUGUUCUGAGUUGACUAAUUAGGUUCUGAGAAAUAACAGUCAACAAAAUAAUUACAUAAAAUUAUUCUUAUACUGUUAUUUGUGGUGGUUAUUAAUUAGGUUACUUUAGAAUUACUUAUAAGCUAAGAAGUACGGAUACGGACACGGUUGUCGUAUUCGAUACGAUAUGGACACUGGGAUACGAUAAAAUUCUAAAAUAUAGGACACAGAUAUGACAAUGAUUCAGUUUAUUAAAAUCAUAUUAUAUAUUUUUUAUAUAAAUAACAAGACCUAACAAUUAUUGAGUAGUUGGUUAAUAUCUUAUACUUGAGCGAUGAGGUAAUAUCAAAUUUGACAAUGGGCUAAUAUUUUACAAUUGUGGUGUGGGCUAACACCAAAUUGAAUUGUGGACUAAAACCAAAUUGGGCAAUGGUUUAAUUUAUUGACAACUAAUAAACAAAUUAUA